AUGAACAUUCUCAAAAGCUUGAGACACUGCACUAGUUUGCAAAGGACCCGAAUUGAAAGAAAUAAAUUUGUUGGAAAUCAAGCAGAAGAUUUUGGGAUAUAUCCAAAUUCUGAUUACAUUGACUUAAGCUACAAUGAGUUUUAUGGCGAAUUGCCUUCAAACUGGAGUAACUUCAAAAAGUUAACAAGCUUAAAGAUUUCCGGCAGCAACAUUACUGGCAAAAUAACAACUGAGCUUGGAGAGGUAUUUCAACUUCAGAGACUUGAUCUUUCUUCAAAUCAAUUAUUUGGGGGGAUUCCGAGAAGUUUGGGCAAUUUGACUUUAAUGCUAGAGCUUAAGUUGAAUGAGAACAAGCUUUCAGGCAACAUUCCCUUAGAAAUUGGCAAGUUUUCUCGACUUGCCAAACUUAGCUUGUCAACCAAUGAUCUUACCGGCAAAAUUCCGGAGCAGUUGAGAGAUUGUAUGCAACUAGGGGACUUGAAUUUAAGUCAAAAAAAGCUUAGAGGAAGUAUUCCUUCUCAACUAGGCUUUAUACCUACCUUAGAAACUGUUGAUCUGAGCAAUAACAUGCUGAUUGGUAAAAUACCAGAACAGUUUGGAUGGUUGCCAAGCAUAGAGAAGAUGAAUCUUUCACACAAUAAGAUAUCAAGAACCAUCCCCUCAAGCUUUGAUCAGUGUUUUAGUUUGAUCUCUACCUAUAUGUCCUACAACCAAUUAGAGGGUCCUCUUCCCAACAUUCCAGAGUUUCAAAAGGCUUCUUUUGGAGCCUUAAGAAACAAUAAAACUUUAUGUGUGGCAGCUAUGAUUUUUCUGAUCAUGACUGUUGUUGGCAUUUUCUUCCGUCUGAAUUCUUGUAAAAGAAUCAUGGAAAAUAAGCCUUCAGGACCUUCAGGAUCUGUACAAAAUUUGUUAUCCAUUUCGAGCUUUGAUGGGAAGAUGGCAUAUCAAAACAUUAUUGAAGCAACAGAUUACCUUAGUCCAAACCAUUGCAUUGGACACGGGGGGCAUGAAAGUGUUUACAAAGCAGAAUUGCCAGAUGGGAAGACUGUUGCAGUGAAGAAGAUUCAUGCAAUUAGAAAGUGUCAUUCAAGACACUCAUUCUUGGCGUAUGAGUUCCUAGAAGGGGGAAGCCUUUAUAACAUGUUGGAAACUGAUGAAAAAGCAUUGAAACUUCCAUGGUCCAAAAGGGUUAAUAUUGUGAAAGAUGUUGCAAAUGGAUUAUGCUAUAUGCACCAUGAUUUUUCACAUCCAAUGGUUCACAGGGACAUAUCAAGCAAGAAUGUUUCGUUAGAUUCUCAAGAAAAUGUUCAUAUUUCGGACUUUGGCACGGCAAGAUUCCUGAGCCUAGACUCCUCCAAUCUGACUGCAUUCGUUGGUACACAUGGAUAUGCACCUCCAAAAUAUGCUUGCUUAAUGGAGGUAACUGCCAAAAGCGACGUUUACAGCUUUGGCGUCCUAGCCCUGGAGGUGAUGGUGGGAAAGCACCCUGCAGGUGACCUUUCCUCAAUAUUUUUUGAGUCGUCAUCGUCGUCGUCGUCGUCAUCGUCAUCUCUGCCCUUGACAAUACCCCGUCGCAUGUUUCUUUCUAAAGAUAUUUUAAUCCAACGGCUCUCAACUCCGACAACAAAAGUUGAAGAUGAAGUGACUAGGAUUUCAAAAAUUGCACUUUCAUGUCUGCAACAUCGUCCUCAGUCUCGACCGACCAUGCAAGAAAUUUCCAAGGAGCUAGCUAGCAAAAGGGGGAUUGCCUUUCAAGUUUGGAUUUUCUAG